GUGCACGCGCAGACCAAGGGCUUGGAUUCUCAGGCCGUUACGGACCGCAGCUGCCUCAUUCUCCUUACACCUGGGACUCCGUGCUGCGAGGCACCCCCACCCCCACCCCGGGCUUGGAUUUAUCCUUCUUGGCCCUAGGGUAAGGGGCUACGGGACAGUAUGGCCAAGCCGGGUGCUUCCUCGCCGCUGGAGGACUUGGACCUGAGCGGAGACGAGGUACAGCGGCUCACCACCGCCUUCCAAGAUCCGGAGUUUCGGCGGAUAUUCUCCGAGUACGCCAAGGAGAUCACAGACCCCGAAAACAGGCGGCGCUAUGAGGCGGAGGUCACUGCCUUGGAGCGAGAGCGGGGAGUGGAGGUGCGGUUUGUGCACCCGGAGCCUGGCCACGUGCUGCGCACCAGCCUAGACGGGACGCGGCGUUGCUUCCUCAACGUCUGUAGCAAUGCGUUGGUGGGCGCGCCCAGCAGCCGGCCUGGCUCCGGGAGCGCGGCGCACGGCCACCAAUGGUCCCUCCCCUAUAGCCUGGCGCCAGGCCGUGAGUACGCGGGGCGCCAUGGCACCCGCUACACGGUGUACGACGUAGUCUUCCACCCCGAGGCACUCGAGCUAGCCAGACACCACGAGCGCUUCCGCCAAAUGCUGAACGCCACGGCCCUGGAGGCUGUGGAGAAGCAGUUCGGCGUGAAACUGGACGGCAGGAAUGCCAAGACCCUGAAGAUCAAGUACAAGGGGAUCCCGGAGGCCGCCGUACUCCGUACGCCCCUCCCCGGGGGCGCCCCGGUCCGGCCCGAAGGGGAGCCGGAGGGCCUUCUCCCGGAUUUCCCCUACCCGUACCAGUACCCGGCGACUACCGGGAACACUGCGGUCCCGCAGGCCCAGGCGCCCUCCCCUCCGAAGGCGGCCCCGCAGCCCGCUCCCACCGAGCCUCGCUACAGUGUGGUGCAGCGCCACCACGUGGACCUGCAGGAUUACCGCUGCUCCCGGGACUCAGCCCCGAGCCCUGUGCCCAGCGAGCUAGUGGUCACCAUAGAGCUGCCGCUGCUGCGCUCGGCGGAACAGGCGGCGCUAGAGGUGACGGAAAAAUUGCUGUGCCUCGACUCAAGGAAACCCGAUUACCGACUUCGGCUCUCGCUUCCGUACGCAGUGGAUGACAGGCGCGGCAAGGCGCAGUUCAACAAGGCCCGGCGCCAACUGGUGAUCACACUUCCCGUGGUGCGACUUCCAGCGCACCGGAAGACGGCAGCAGCGCCGGAAGAGUCCGCGGACGGGUCCGGAACUGACGGCACGUUCUGCGCUUCUGUUCGCAACAAGGAGGCGGGCCCUGCAGGGGGGCGCGCGGGUGGCGGAGGCUCGGAUCCUGGCGAAGCUGGGAUUACAGAGGCCGGAAUCGCCACUCUGGAUUCCUCCGAGGUGGCAUCCCCGCUGGCCGGCGCCGGAGAGGAGCUAGUUCCCGAGCCGGAGAAGCAGGACUUCGGCGGGCACGGGUGGUCACCGCUGGGCAUCGCGGAGCAGCCGCCUCCCGAAGCAGGGAGCUUAUCUGGGAAGGUUGGCGGAGAUUCUUUGUGUACUUCAGCUGGGGAACUUGACCCGGGGUCUUCUGCAGCAAGGGCCGGUGAGCGCGGAGAUCUUAGUGUGGAGGCACGCUUGGACCCGGAAGCCAGAGGCAAGGAGCCAUGUGACGGAGCCAUGGCUAGACCUAGAACAGAGAUUGGGGAACCUUUAUGUCCUCCUUUGCAGUGUAAUCAGAAUGAAGAAUCUCUGACUCUUAUAAUUCAAGUGCCUCGGAUCCAGCCGCAAAGUCUGCAGGGGGAUUUGAGCCCUCUUCGGUACAAAUUGUGCUUCUCCACACAGGACUUAGUUUACUAUUCCUUCUUUUUGCAAUUUGCUCCAGAGAAUAAAUUGAGUGUCAGAGAACCCGUGAUUAGCAUUUCUUCAAACAAUGCAGUGAUAGACCUGUGCAAGUCUCCAGAAAGCCAUGGAAUUUGGAGAGAAUGGUAUUAUGGUUUAAACAACGAUUCUUUGGAGGAAAGGUUGUUUGUUAAUGAAGAAAAUGUGAAUGGAUUUCUAGAUGAGGUCCUGAGCCCUCCAUUCAAACACACAAUCCCCCUAACCCCACCAUUAAUUGAAGUUCUUCAGGUUACUGAUAAUAAGAUUCGAAUUCAUGCAAAGAUGCAAGAAUAUAACUAUGAUAAGCUUCAUAAAAAGGAAGAAAGAAUCAAUGGAAGAAGUAAUCUGAAUGAAAAAGAAAAUAAAGAACAUCUUACCACCACUACAACUGAUGUUGUACAAAAACAUAUACUGGGAAAUGCCAGACCUUCUGAAUUUGUAAUAGAUAAAGCACUAGAAACAUACAGUUGUGGUUCAGUUGCAUGCUUGCAACAAGAGUCUCUUGACAAUUCUCAAGUGCUAUUUGGAAAAUCUCAGCAACCUAAGUCAACAGUGAAACCUGAGUUUAUAAAAGAAAAAAGUGCUUACUCAAAUGAGGAAAAACAGAAUUUAAAAGAAAAAACAUUAACUGAAAAGAAAGAAUUAGAUGAUCACCUAUCUUCAUUACUGAACACAACUACAGUUCACAAUCUAUCUGCUUUUGAAAGCAUAAAAGAAACUAAUAUGCAGGAUGGUAGUGUGCAGAUUAUUAAAGAUCAUGUGACUCAGUGUGCAUUCAGUUUUCAGAAUCCUUUGCUAUAUGACCUGGAUUAAUUCUUUAUAAUUUUGGAAUUAAAAGGUUAACAGUAAACUGUUGGGGCCUAAAGUAGAUUCUAUAAACUAUCAUCUUAAAAGCUGUUUAGGGAAAUAUAAAAUUAAAAUUUGCAAAUUUUAUUCUCAUUGGGGAAUUUGGAGUUGUUUCUUUUACCCCUCUAGAGAAGUUAAACAAAUUUUCCUUAAUUAUGGCGAUAGGUUUUGUGAUUCUGUGUUUUUUCUAAUGGAAAGUUAAACAUUUAUUUUAAUUCAAUCUGUAUAAACUUAUAUGUUGGUUUUUUUUUUGUUUGUUACAUUAAUAAAGUUUCAAAAUAUUCACUAA